AUGGAGCACCAUGACACGACGACACCUACAGUGAGGAGGAGAAGGCUAUUUAGAAGUAGAUCAGGAACCCAAUCGGCAUUGCUUGGUACGAGCUCUACGCGUCCGACUAGUAUGCCACUUGGACGCAGACUGGGAGAGUCUACGAUAUUUAGCCAGGGAGUGCCCAUCAAGACAAAAGUAGAACCAAGUAAUCCUCUUCCAAAGCUCCCGAUAUCUCUUUUAUCCUUCUCCAUGCUUAGUGAAUUCUUAUCUGCAUCCGUGGCAGCACCUUUCAUAUUCAUAAUGGUAUCCAAGUUUGCUAUUACUCAUAACGAUGAAAGCUUGGUAGGAUAUUAUACGGGUAUACUUGGUGCAGCUUUCUUCUUGUCUCAAUUUAUAACGGCACUGAUGUGGUCAAACAUCGCAGAUCGUUAUGGACGCAGAAUCACCCUCUUUAUUAGCUUAUUUGGUAAUGCCAUAGCCACCAGUCUGUUUGGCACUUGCCGCUCUCUUGGUGAAGCUAUCUGCGUUAGGCUACUACAAGGACUCUUCAGUGGUGCCAUUGGUGUGUCUAGAUCCGCCGUCAAAGACAUAACAGACAGUACCAAUGAAGCCAGAGCAUAUGCUAUUUUAUCAUUCAGCUGGGGUGCUGGUUCGAUCUUCGGUCCGAUAAUCGGAGGGCUCUUUGAAAGUCCCACCGUCAGAUAUCCCUUUCUAUUCCCCGAGGAGAAACAUAAGUUUUUUGCAAAAUACCCUUACGCUUUGCCUUGCUUUGUAGCCGCUAGUAUCUUGGUCUUUGGUAGCACACUCACAGCGUUCGUCAGCAGAGACGCCGGACCGCUUUUCACGUCGAUAAGAUUACCUGAGGACGCUAAUUCAUUUAAAAAAUGCGCUAUAGACUUUAUCAAAAGGGCUUUUAGCGGUCAAGUACGCUAUGAAAGGCCAACUUCGCCACUUCAUGACAUCCGUUCACAUUCUAGACGUACAUCCACUGUUUUUGGCAAUGAUAAUAAUGAUGAAGCUUUAUCACAAUCACAACCCAAUCAAAGAAUGUCAUUUGCGCAAAGACUGCUCAGGGCUCAGGAGGAGAAUGUCGUAUCUAUCACUGACUUGUGGGUUCAGACAGCCUUAACUAGGGAGGUUGAGCGUUUGAAUCAAGAGGAGGAAGGUGAUAAUGUGGCUAUUGAAGAAGAACACAGUGGAUUUGCAUCGCAUUACGAAGACAACGAAGAUGAAAACCGUGAAGAAAACCAUGAUGAGAAUCGUGAUUUUGACAAUGAAACGACGGAUUUUAAUAACCACUCUGAAAGAGAUAUUGAAGAGCUAUCUAGCAGUGCUUCAAUCCGACCUUCACCAUCUAUCGGUUUCAGGAACAGCUUCAGAGACAGCGCAGGACUUGGGUUUAGCAGACCAAGUUCAAUUGCAGAUAGAGGUGACAGACUAGGUGAAGAAAACCUCGCUUUGUUGGGCUCAGUUCCGCGUAAUCACCUGGUUGAUAAUAAAGCUGCCAGACCGAAAUCGAUUCUGGAUAAUGUCGGACUUACCUCCCAGAAGAGUUGGGUUGGGUUGGAUGAUCAAUUUGAUGAUCUAGAAGGCGCUAAUAGGAGAUUAAGAGCUAUACCUGAACAAAAUCAACCUCUUAUCACUGAAAGGAAGCCAGUGGAAAUGUCUGUCAUGAUAAAAAUUGUACUGAGUCAGUACGCCUUCCUUGCAUUGCAUAAUACCACAUUCGACCAACUCUUUACAACAUUCCUAUUAACAGAGUAUACCAGCGGCGGGUUGUCAUUGACACCAUCUCACUUUUCGUCGCUCAUCGCCAUGAUGGCAGGGUUCAGUAUGUUUUACCAGUUCUAUCUAUAUGGUAAAAUAGGACCACCAAAUGGCAAUUUGAGUCAUUUGCAGAUGUUCAGGAUUUCAUCAGUGAUUUACAUUCUCACUUAUGGAUUAGUGCCGUUUGCAAGAAAGUUAGUUCGACCUGAAUCAUCGUCUGAUGUGUUAGUGAUGACAGGAUUGGCGAUACUUAAUGCAAUAAGAUACGCAGCGACGACGGCAGCGUAUACUAGCAUUACUAUCCUAAUUAACGUCAUGUCACCCCCGGAAAUAUCUGGACUAACGAAUAGUUACGGUCAGUCAGCGGUCAGUUUAUCUAGAUUCUUGGGACCAAUAUUUGGAGGAUAUCUAUGGAAGACAUUUCUAGCAACUGACAUUGGUGGAUAUAAGUUUACAUUCUGGCUGGUAAGCGGGAUGGCUGUAGUUCGCUCAUCGACAAGCUCGUUCACUAGGAGGCCAACGUCGAAUCGACCAAGAGAACCGCGUCAGCCACCGGAUGGUGAGAAAGAGAAUCAGGUCAAGCUGAGCAAUCUUCAUUAUGAAAUAAACGAGGAAAUGCUGGCUAAUAUAUUCAAUGGAUUCCAAUUGACUAAGUUGGUAGUCAAGUAUGAUAAGAGCGGCAGAAGUACUGGUGAAGCAGUUGUAGCGUUUGAGAAAUCAAUUGAUGCCGACAGGGCGAUCGACAUGUUUGAUGGAAAGACAGCAAAGGAUCAAGAGAUUAGAGUUGAACCAUAUGGAUAUUUCACAGUAGACCCACCUUCACGCUCUGGUGCUACUGGUAGCUCAUUGUUAAGCAGACUAGGCGCAAAGGUGCACUCAGACCCGCCGCCAUCUGGUCCAAGAUCAAAGCAAUCUUCUCGCCCGCGUAAGCAAACAAAACCUGCAAACAUUAAAUCAAAGCCAGCUCCAAAAGAUAGCGACUCCCUCGAUAAAGAAUUGGAUGAUUUUAUGAAGAAGCCAGGCAGCAAUAACGUUAAUACACAGGAUACUGAAAUGUCAUGA